AAAAUUAGCUAAAUUAAGUUAGAAACUUAAUUGAAUUUUAAACUGUAUUCCAACUCGUCUAUUGAUUUUUUAUGAUUAAUUAUUUCUUAUAAUAUUUAAUAAAUCAGAAUUUAAUAAAUACAACUAAUAUCACUGAAUUUUACAAUUCACCAUUAUUAGCUCAUAAAAAUUCAAAUAUAAAAUAUAUAUUUUAAAUAUUUUAAAAAUAUGAAUUGUCUUAGAAUUUUUUUAAAACAAAAAAUAUUAUUAAUAUGAUAAAUAAGUGUGGUGAAAAACUGUUGAAAAGUUGAAUAACUCUGUGUAGUGAUAACAAAAGUCCACAAAAGAAGCAGAAAAUAAAAAGUUCACUAUAUUUGUCAGUUUACUUAUCGAUGCUCUAUUUUCCUUAUAAAUUUUCAAUUAUUCAUGUAAACGGUUCACUUUAGACAUUAUUAUUUUUCUGUAAAGAGUUUUAUGUUUUCUUAAAAAAUAAUGGAAAAUAUCGAGAAGUUUGAUUUUUUGUCUCUAAAAAUAACUGGAGUGAACUGUUUGCAUGGACCACAAUUUUGUAGGUUUUGCAUGGACCACAACAUUAGGAGUCCAUUUCAAGCUAAGCACAGAUACAGACAAUGAACUAAAGGAACAAGCAGAGUCAAUGAAGACAGUCCCUUGCUCUAGUGCAGUCUGCAGCAUCAGAGCCGACUAACUAGGGGGACAAAUGGUGCGAUCCCUUGGUCCAAACUUGUGUCUCUCUAUAUUAAUAGUCAAGGGGUCUGAUUUUUUUUUUACAAAUACAAAUUCUUACAUAAAUAUUUUAAAAGUUUUUUAAAAAAAUAAAAAGGGGCUCAAAAAUACUUUUAAUGUAUAUGGUUUUGUUAAAAUCACAAAAUAUCACAAAUAAAAAUUUUAAAAUAAAAAUAUAUUUCAAACAUUGAAAAAAUAAAGCAUAUUACUCAGAAGUGUUUAGUGAUUCUCAAAGUGCCACUAUCCAAGAAUGAUGUGAACAAAGCAUAUUACUCAGAAGUAUAACUUUAUACAAGAGUUGAUUGCAGACGGUUUGAUGAAGCUAACAAAGACUACUACAAUACAGCUAAUAUCCUUACCAAAGUGUUACCAGCGAGAAAGCACCGAAAUGAUCUGGAACUACCCUAGUUUUCAAAGAACUGACAAUACUCAGAAAGAUUCGAGUGGAAUCCAAGAACUAGAAUCAAUGAAACUCAAAUCCAAGGUAAAGUUUCAUGUAUAUGGUUUUGAGUCCGAACAGAGGAAUGUACGUUCUUCUCUACGGCUAAGUGUUGAUGGCAUUGAACUUAGAAGGCUUUUAUAGUUGCAGAAGACCAUGACGACGAUUCCAACAUGUAAUGAGAGCAAGUGAGAGUCCUGUGGCGUGUGCAUUGGAUCUUUCUCAAAAUGAACUAGAAGUUGGCUGGUUCUUGAGAACUCAGCUUCCACAGAAGAGGAAGUCAGGUUUUAAAUACUCACAGGUUUGAUAGUUUAAAGUUCUAUAUAUUUUUUUUUUCUAUUUUGAUUGUUUGAUUUUCCCAUUAUACUUCUGUUGGCACUUAUUCUAACAGGAAUUCAUUUUUUCCUCCCUUUAAAUCUACAAAUCUAUUUUAGGGGAAGAAACAAAUAGUAAAAUACUGCUUUGAGUUAGUACAAUGUGCAAGAUGUAAAUAUGACACAACAAGAAUUUUCCUGAAUUAGAUUAACCUAAUGAAGCUUAACAUCAAUAAUUAAAAAGACUUAACAAAUAAAUUUAGCAGCCAGCCAGCCAUAUUUGUUAAGCUAAAAACUAAACCCCUUCAAAUCUCAAUCUAAUUACCCUUUUUUUCUCCUCUCCGCAAGAAUUAAUUAAUUUAAAGUUGUAAAUCUACGAAGGGGCCAAAAGUUAGUAACAUAUUCAAAAUAUUCGCCGAGGCGGAUAGCGGAUAACAAUAUGAUGCAUUCUGAUCCGAAUCUCUCCUCCACAAUGACCGACCAGACCGAGGACGAAUACGGCCUACGUAACAGCAGUGCAUCUGCCGUUGGCACAGGCAUGUACGGUAGAAUGAGCUGCGAAGGUUCUCCAGUGAUGAUGUCUCCCUGGAACCAAGCAUCUCCAUUUACUCAAACCGAAUGGUCUAACGUCGAUGAAAAUCUACCUCAGAAUGGUCUUAUUGGCUCGCUUGUACGUGAAGAAGGUCACAUCUAUUCUUUAGCGGCCACGAAAGAUCUUCUUUACACUGGUUCCGAUAGUAAGAACAUACGCGUGUGGAAGAAUCUAAAGGAGUUUAGUGCGUUUAAAUGCAACAGUGGGUUGGUAAAGGCCAUUGUGAUUUCAGGGGAAAAGAUUUUCACAGGUCACCAGGACGGCAAGAUUCGCGUUUGGAAAGUAUCUCCAAAGAACCAAAGCUCCCACAAACGCUCUGGAACGUUACCUACGUUAAAAGAUAUAUUCAAGGCCUCUCUCAAACCAAGUAACUACGUUGAGGUGAAGAAAAACCGCACCGCGCUUUGGAUCAAACACGCUGACGCUGUUUCUUGUUUGAGCCUGAAUGAAGAACAAGGGCUUUUGUAUUCUGCUUCAUGGGAUCGAACAAUCAAGGUGUGGAGGAUCUCUGAUUCGAAAUGUCUAGAAUCAAUCCCGGCUCACGAUGAUGCUGUAAACUCUGUGGUAUCAACAACGGAAGCGAUUGUGUUCUCUGGAUCAGCUGAUGGAACAGUGAAAGCGUGGAAGCGUGAGCAGCAAGGAAAACACACAAAACACACGCUCAUGCAAACGUUAACAAAGCAAGAAACUGCUAUCACAGCUUUGGCUGUGAAUAAAAAUGGUACUGCUGUGUACUUCGGUUCGAGUGAUGGUUUGGUGAAUUUUUGGGAGAGAGAUGAGAAGCAAUUGAACUACGGUGGUGUUUUGAAGGGACACAAACUUGCUGUUCUUUGCCUUGAAGUUGCGGGCGGUCUUGUCUUCAGUGGGUCUGCUGAUAAGACAAUAUGUGUGUGGAAGAGAGAUGGAAAUAUCCAUACAUGUCUCUCUGUACUAACUGGUCACACAGGUCCUGUAAAAUGUUUAGCGGUUGAAGAAAAUCUUGAAGUGUCAGAACAGAAAGACCAUAAGUGGAUUGUAUAUAGUGGAAGUUUGGACAAGUCAGUAAAAGUAUGGGGAGUUUCAGAAUCAUUCAUUGACAUGAACAACAUGGGUACGAUGCAGCAAGAACAACAUGUCAUAUCUCAUUCGGAGGUUGUUAUGUCUGAUGGCAGUUUCUCCUCAUCAACUGGUGGAGCCAGCAGCCAUCAGAGAGGUUAAUCAUGUUUUGUGGUUUGCUCUCCUAAUUAAAUAACAAAUUUGCAUGAAUGUCAAACAACUCAUCAAUUUUAAAAGUUAAAUUUCAAUACAAACAAAAAGUAAAGUUUAGUCUUAUGAUGCAAAUACUAUUGUGUAUUAUGAAUUUGAGACUUUAAUAUUAAGGUUCGUUAUUAUUUUCAACAUUUUGCGAUAUUGUAGUCUUGCUUAUGUUGUAUCAUGUUCUUACUACUUUUAUGAGAUUUGAUAGGAUAAAGUAGUCAUUUUAUUCUAUCAUUUCUCAUGGAAUUAUUGAUAGCUUUUCAGUUUUCAUUGAUCAAAAGUUCAAAACCAUGAGCUGUCUGGCUCAGUUUAGCUCGUGUUGGUUCAGUGUGAGGUUGAUAUACGGCCACGACUUCGCACAAAUGAGUAGAUACAAUAUCUUUUAUAAAUGAGACUAGCUGAACAUUAUUUUGUUAGCAGAUUCUGUUUAUGUAUAAACAACCUAUUCGGGUUUUAUUAGUGAGGUAUUGUACAACAAAGCAAAAGUGUUACUGGAUCAACCAACAAGGCCGUUCCACAGUUCUUUAAUGGAAACAUAAGCCUGAGGACAAGGAACAGCUUGUAGCUUGGUCGACGCCAUCGAUCAGUGUCUCUGUUACUAAAACAGCUCAAGUUUUAUAAAGACCUUUAUUUUGAAAUUAUCAUACAGGAAUCUCUCGCAUCUAUCUCCAAAUCCUUGGUAAGACAUAUUCUGUACGUAUAUACUCUAUUCUUGAGCUUCUGCGGAAAAGCUUGAGCUAUCCGAAAAUAAGGCAUGGCAUUAAGACAAGAGAAUGAUUGGCGUUAAGUCUAACCUGAUUUUUUUCACGCUUGAAGGAUAAUUGCAUGUGUCAAUAUUGCCUCUUUGUACUGCAGAUAGCGAGUAAUAGUAAUAAGUAAAAUAUUUUUCAUAUAGAACCACUCAGGCAUAUGUCUAACACGAAGGAGGUCUUUCCUGUUGCUGCUCCGAGGCAUCCAAAAGGAUGUGAACAGAGCCAAAUCCACUGGCUAAGGUUUUCUCAUAAAGCGUCUUGAUUACUAGUAACUGAGGAAGCAGAUCAAAUGGAAGAGUGAUUUCCCAAAUCAGAACACAAACUCAUUGUAGUAAAGGGAGUAUCAAUUUGGGUUUAUUAGCAACUCACCUGAUAUCUGUACGAUGUCUGCUUGUAACCCAAAACCACACGUGUUGCAUAGAUUACCAAAGCAGUCAACAGAGCAGUGACGGAAAUCCCAUCAAGAAAUGGGACUGAUAUAUGUUGUAACUAACGUGAUGCCGUAAGUCCCAUAAUGCUAGUGAUAUCCAGAAGCACUUGACAAAAGAAAAGAUGAAAAACAUUGGAAGAA